AUGGUCGAUAUAACGAUCAGAAAGAGGCCGCGAGCAGAAGCCGUUAUCACUCAAAGGAAAUUUUUCAAAAAGACCGCUAGAGGGAAGAUAAUCAAAGUCCUCCGGGAACGAUACCUUCGGGACGACGUCAGCUGCGGCGUUCUGUCAUGCACUGAAUGCUCUGGGGAGGCAGUGUUGUCGCUGGAUGCCCAUCUGCAGCAUAAACUAUUUCCUUCUGGCCAUUUCAUUCUUCCGGACACGAAUGUAUUCCUGUCACAGAUGGACCUUGUCGAAUCUGAAAUGUUCACCACGCCAAUGGUUCUACUGCAGACCGUGAUUGAAGAAGUCCGACACAGAUCACUCCCUCUGUAUAACCGACUGAAGGCCUUGAUAAAAACGGAGGGCAAGCGGAUAUGGGUAUUUUACAACGAAUACAGGAUGGAAACCGCUAUAGUGCGUGGAGAGGGAGAGACGCCCAAUGACCGGAAUGAUCGAGGUAUCAGGAAGGCAACGGCCUGGUACAGCACACAUAUAUCCUCAACACAUCGUCAGAAUCGCCCUGCAGUCAUCCUUUUAACCGAAGAUGCAGCUAAUCGGCGAAAGGCUGAGGCAGAGGGCAUAACAACAAUAUCACUUCGACGUUACGUCGAAGGCAUGAUAAACGCUACACAGCUCCUUGACUUGUUAGCUGCGGCAGGCUCAGACGAGAUUGAGCCUACUAAGGCAGUGGAAGGGCGACAGGCUCUAUAUCCUGAUUAUCUUCCUACAUCUACACUACUGGCCGGCGUCAAAGCGGGUGAUCUGCAUCAAGGACACUUCAAUGCUGAUCAGUACAAUUAUCUUGAAGGCAGUGUCUCGGUGCAGACGUUCUCAAAACCCAUUUUGCUUGUAGGCCGGGAGCACAUGAAUAGAGCCGUUCAAGGUGACGUCGUUGCGGUAGAGGUCUUCGACGAAACAGAAUGGAUGGCACCUGCGGAUGAAGUAGUUGACCAAGAUGCGACGCUUAAAAAUGACGAUGCGGAUGACUCUGGUGAAGAAGAGGAAGCCGUCGUCGAUGCAGAAUCUAAAGCGGUGUCGACGAGUCCAUCGUCUAACAAACAACCGACGGGAAGGAUAGUGGGCGUGAUCAAACGGAACUGGCGAGCAUACGUGUGCCACAUUGAUAGCACUUCUCUCACUUCGUCCAACUCGACGUCUCUUUCGUUACAGACCGUUUUUGCAACUCCAGUGUCCCGUCUGUUGCCUCGUAUCCGACUACGGACACGUCAAGCUCCAACCCUGAUAGGUCAGAAAAUAUUGGUUACUAUCGACCGCUGGGGCAACACCUCGCGCUACCCUGAAGGCCACUUUGUCCGGGCCCUGGGCAAGGUAGAGAGCAAGGAAGCAGAACAAGAGAGUUUGUUACUGGAGUUUGAAGUCCCUUAUCGGCCAUUUGGGAAGGCUAUCUUGGACUGUCUGCCGCCUGAGGGUGAUAAUUGGGUGGUUCCGCCCAAGGCGGAUGGAAAUUUAGCAUGGAGAGAUAGAGAGGAUUUGAGAAAUCUGUUGAUUUGUAGUAUAGAUCCGCCUGGGUGUCAAGAUAUCGAUGACGCCCUUCAUGCCAGAGCGCUACCUAACGGUAACAUUGAGGCCGGUGUCCAUAUUGCGGAUGUAUCGUACUUUGUGCACCCAGAUACUCCAAUGGAUAGCGAAGCUGCGUCGAGAGGGACAACCGUUUAUCUAGUCGAUAAGCGGAUCGACAUGUUGCCAGCACUGCUUGGCACUAAUCUGUGUUCUUUGCGUCCACAUGUCGAACGACUAGCAUUUUCUGCUAUCUGGGAACUGACACCAGACGCCGACAUCGUCAACGUUCGGUUUACCAAAUCUGUUAUUGCGUCCAAAGCUGCCUUUACCUACGAAGAGGCUCAGAUUCGCAAGGAUGAUCCUAAUCUGCGUGAUCCUCUGACAGCAAGUAUACGUCUACUCAACUCGUUGGCACUGAAACUGAAAGCCAAGCGAAUGGCCGCGGGUGCACUUAAUCUCGCUUCGCCAGAAGUUAAAAUACACCUCGACAGCUCUGAGUCAUCGGAUCCGAUUGACGUGGAGCAGAAGGAGAUGCGAGAGACUAACAGCCUUGUCGAAGAGUUUAUGUUGCUCGCCAAUGUUAGCGUCGCAAGGAAGAUUCAGGAGAGUUUCCCUGCAACUGCGGUUCUGAGACGGCACUUGCCUCCACCAAAAACUAAUUUUGAGAAACUCCAAGACAUCUUGAAGAAGCGCAAGGGAAUGGUCCUGGAUAUAUCGAGCUCCGGUUCGUUGGCUGCUUCCUUGGAUCGAUGUAUCGAUGCAAGCCAGCCGACAUUUAAUACGCUGGUGCGGAUCAUGGCUACGCGAUGUAUGCUUUCUGCAGAAUAUUUCUGUUCCGGAAGUGUCGGGCGUGAUACCUUCGGGCAUUAUGGCCUUGCUAGUGAAAUUUACACUCACUUCACCAGUCCUAUCAGAAGAUAUGCUGAUGUACUGGCCCACCGGCAAUUAGCCGCAGCUAUCGGAUAUUCGCCAUUGCAUGCAUCGCUACAUUCCAAGCACCAUGUCGAGCGUGUCCUAGAUGUUGCCAACCGGCGUCAUAGGAUGGCUCAAAUGGCAGGACGCGCCAGCGUGGAGUUUUAUGUAGGGCUAGCUUUGAAAGGAAGGGGUGAAAAGCAGGGGGUCAAAGAAGAAGCAUUUGUCAUAAGGACAUUCAGGAACGGUGUUGGCGUCUUCGUAUCCAAGCUUGGUAUCGAGGGCCUAGUUAUGUUCAAGCGAGACACUCAAUUUGACCCUGACAAUUAUACGAUAACGGUGCCUUCCUCGACGAAGGGUUUGGGAGAUGUCAUGAUAUCGGUGUUUGAUAAAGUUGUGGUAAAUAUCGAGGUGGAAAAGGAUAGGAAUACUCAGCGGGGUAAGGUCAAGAUGUCUUUGAUCGAGCCAGUCGAUUCCAGAGCCUUGUAA